UUUGUAUAUGAAUUUCAUGAAACCUAACCCGAUCCCCGAUCCGAGAUCCGACCCGAUUGUCAUCUCUGUCACUGUCACCGGUACACAGGGAAGAUUAAUACAGUUUUCAGGAAAUAAAAUGGUACUGUGCCGGAAAAGAACCGUCUAUUAAUCUCCCACCCACGGCACUGGUUCGGUACACUGGGAAGAUUAAUAGACAGUUUUCAGGAAAAUAAAUCGGUACUGUGCCCUAAUGCACGUUAGUCUUCGAUCACACAUUCACAGAUCUGUAUGUGAUCAAUUCCAUUGAGCCCUUGUGCCACAUUCCUAAAAAAUGAGGAUUUCUCACGACUUACUAGAAGAAAUACUCUGUCGCCUUCCAGUCAAGCAUCUUCUUCGUUGUCGAUGUGUUGCUAAAGGCUGGUGCUCUCUUAUUGAUAGCAAUGCAUUUGUUAAAAAGCAUCUCAAAAAUACCCUUGACUGCAAUGCUAGUGGUGUGCAUGUUAUCAAUGGGUUUGAUGGAAGGUUUUGGGUGGUGGAAUCUGAUGAUGGUUCUACUUCUGUUGUUGAAAUAGAUGAUCCGAUCAAGAUGCUUCUUAGCGAUUCUGAAUAUUGUAUUGCUGCAAAUGCCUUACUUUGUGUGUUUAAAUCUCAGAUGAAUGAUAUAUUUCUGUUUAAUCCAUCAACCAGGAAGGUUAGGAAGUUACCAAGUGCCCCACCUGAGUUUCCGCGUGGUUUUAAUGGUACGGAGGAUUGUGUUUGUGGCUUUGGAUAUGAUCAUGUUAAUGAUGAUUAUAAGGUUGUGAAGAUUGUACAGAGUUUUGUUCAAUCUGGUGGCACUAUGGUCGUAGUUUACAGCCUGAAAACCAAUUCUUGGAAACAAAUUCAGAAUGUUCCUAGUAAAUAUUUUUUAACAAUAUGGGGCAUAUUUGGUAAUGGAGCUCUUUAUUGGUUUUUGGUCAAGGAUUUAGCGUAUGGCUUUGAAACCAUUGUUGGUUUUGAUCUUGGGCUUGAACAGUUCAAGGAGGUCCCUUUUCCUCCUGUCAAUAAAAACUAUAUCAUGGAAAAUAAGAGGGGUUUGUUUACACCACCUGCUGGAGAAUCCCUUUGUUUACUUGAUACCUACUCCGACCUUAGUGUGGAUGUCUGGCUGAUGAAUAACUAUGGGGAGAAAAAUACUUGGUACAAAGCAUUUUCAGUGAAGCAAUUGUGCCCACUCGCUUUCGGAAUUCUGAGGCCCCUUGCUUUUUCCAAGAGUCACAAAGAUGUACUUUUAGAGUUGGACUGCCAAAAACUUGUCUGGUAUAACAUUGAAAGGAAGACAGUCAAAAGUGUCAGGCUUCCAAGGAUUCUGGUGAAGUUUGAUUCACAUUUCUGCACUGAGAGUCUGUUACAGCUCACUGAGGAUAAGUCGCUUCAGAGGCCAUCACCAGACAAGCAGAAGAAACAGCAAAAGAAAAGGGAUGAUUAUCUAUCCCGAGGGUUCAAUCUGAGGCUAUAAAAUAUCUGCACAAUAAAAAAGAUGGAUGAGUAAGAUAACGAGGAAUGCAUCCGAGAUGGAAGAGAAGGAGAGUACUGGCUCUUUUGGAAAUGACCUGGGUGGUGGAUAUUAUUGUCUCUGGCACUGUUUGUUGCUUUGCUCUUCCUAAUUUUGUUGCUCCAUAUAGUUUGAGAAAUGUGCAACAGAUGCUAUGAUUCAGAUGUUAUUCCAGAUUACUCUUACCUGCUUUUGUUUAAUUUAAAUGAUUAUUGCAUUUGGUAUAUCUGUCAAGCUGAAAUAUAUGAUCGUAUUUGUUUAGCUAUUUGGAUGCUGCUCAAGUUCUGCAGGCAAAGUU